UGAAAUAUUAAUUUUUAAUUAACAUCAUCACAACCUGCAAAAAAGGGUUGACGAAAAUGAUGUUCUUUCAACCAUCAUGAAUUUUUUUAAUUCAUCAUAAACAAAGUCCCCUUUUUGUUUCUCUUGUUUCCUCGCUUUCGAUUCCUUCUAUGAAAAAUUUCACCUUUUUCUUCAUCUUGUUUAUUUCCCACCUUUUUCAUUCACUCUAAUCAAUCAAUCGAUCGCUUCAGCAUGCAUACAUCCACAUUUCACAGGGUUUAAAGUUUGUUUUUUUCAUUGAAAAACUCUAAUGGGUUUUGUUUUGUUUGCAAUUUGGAUUAAUCAGAAGUUGAAUCUCUGAGUGAGUCAAAGUUGGUUCCUUUUUUAGGUUUUAGGUGUUGGGUUUUGGUACCUACCCCACUUCCAUUGAAAAAAGGGAUAAGGGAUGAAUGAUCAUUGGAUUUGGGGUAUUUGGGGUAUUGAAUAUUACUGUAUCAGUUUCUUCUAGUAUUUACUACAUAUGAUUCGGAGACUGAGAUGGUUUGCUGGUUUGAAUCAAAAGAAUUGGUCAAACAAAAGGUUGGUCAAUGCUGAUCUACCUGGCCUUGAAAGGCCAAAUCACUUACCCAUGCUUGAUGCUGUUCAUGAAGUUGCAAUUUACAUUCAUAGGUUUCAUAAUCUUGAUCUUUUUGAACAAGGAUGGUACAAAAUUAAGGUUUCCAUGAGAUUGGAGGUUGGUGAAGAUUCUUAUCCCGGGAUUCCGGCGAGGGUUGCUCAGUAUGAAGCUCCUGAAGUAGGUUCUGACAAUUUAUGUAGAGUUUGGAUGAUUGAUGAUACGGACAACAGUUUUUCAACACCACCAUUCCAGAUUAGAUACGCAAGACAGGACGUUUUUCUUUCUAUCAUGAUCUCGUUCUACCUAGCUUUUGGUGAAUAUGACAGAGAAUCCUCUGCUGUUAUCUUGAAGUUUGAACUCAUGCAUGCUCCUAUGACUGCAACUGGGUCUGAUUUACAAAGUUCGCUGGAUGGAUGUUCUGCUUCAGUUCAUGAAUACAAAAUCCCGCCUAAAGCUCUUCUAGGAUUGCAUUCCUACUGUCCUGUUUACUUUGAUGCUUUCCAUUCUGUCGUUGUCGAUACAAGUGUUCACAUCAGUCUACUAAAAGCUAGUUACCGCACAACUCGACAGAAGGUACCAAGGGAUUGUAGAGAUUCAGAAGGCACUUAUGAUGAAGAUUAUGUUGGGUCAAACAAGGUGAUGCUCAUCAAAGCAUUGAUGGCUGCACAUGAUAUACUGCUUGAAGAUCUAAGAAGAUUAAGCACUGGCAUUAACCAAGCGAUUGAUUUGACUGAAAUUGUGUUUGAAUCAGAUGAUACAAAAUGGGUUGAUUCGCCUCUGUCAGCACGUGUCGUCAAAAGUAUUGAUGGUGAACAAUCACUUAAGCUGCUUGAUGGAGAAGAAGAUGGUUCUCAUUAUAUCAAUUAUCGAGCCGGGAAAUCAGUUCAACCUUUUUCUUGGGAUGAUCAUCUGUUAAACUAUUUCCAGACUCUAGCGAAUCAGCUCUUACAUCUCUGGAAUAUAUUUCUGAAAUUCCACAGGGAAAACAAAACAAAAAUACUAGAAUUUCUCCGCAAAUCAUGGGCUAUAGAUCGGAGAACUGAAUGGUCAAUAUGGAUGGUGUACUCAAAGGUUGCAAUGCCUCAUCAAUAUUUGCACAACAGAGUUGAGGGGAUAUCGUUGCACCAUGGCUUACAUAGAAGUUCAUUAAAUAUGAGGAGGCUGAUGGAUGAUCCUAUUCAAACUGCGAUAAUGCGUGCUGAACUUCAUAGGCGAGGUAUAGCGCAAAUGAGGAUCAACAAUCGGUCUCUUCAAGACAUGUAUUUAUUUGGAGAUCCUUUGCUUGUUCCUAUUAUUAUUGUAGAACGCAUGGCGAAUGUGUACCGUUCUGCAAGUCUGGAUUCAAGCUACAUUUCUAUGGAGAAUGAUGCAAGACAUGUUCUUCUAGGAAAUGGUUCCAGAUCCGCAAAAAAGUGGUCUGGGAGUAGCCAGCAAAAUGGCCAUGUUUUGAGAGUCGUCGUUUUUGUUCACGGGUUUCAGGGAAAUCAUUUGGAUUUACGGCUCGUUCGUAACCAAUGGCUUUUAAUAGACCCCGAUACACAGUUUCUAAUGUCAGAGGCAAAUGAAGAAAAAACAUCUGGGGACUUCAGAGAAAUGGGUUUUCGGCUCGCUAAGGAAGUGAUCUCUUUCCUAAAAAAGAAAAUGGAUAAAGCUUCAAGAAGAGGAAACUUGAAAGAUAUCAAGCUUAGCUUUGUUGGUCAUUCUAUUGGUAAUCUCAUUGUCAGAACGGCCUUAGCAGAGAGCAUGAUGGAGCCAUAUCUAAGAUACUUAUACACCUAUGUGUCGAUAUCGGGUCCACACUUGGGUUAUAUGUACAGUUCGAACUCGCUAUUCAAUUCGGGGCUGUGGCUGUUGAAGAAGUUUAAGGGCACCCAAUGCAUCCAUCAACUGACCUUUACAGAUGAUCCUGAUCUUGAGAAUACUUUCAUCUACAAUCUUUCCAAGGAGAAGACACUGGAAAAUUUUCGGAAUGUGUUUCUUUUGUCCUCGCCUCAGGAUGGUUAUGUUCCGUACCAUUCUGCUAGAAUAGAACUGUGUCCUGCAGCUUCUUCGGAUUUCUCUAAACGAGGGAAAAUCUUCCUAGAGAUGCUAAAUAAUUGCUUAGACCAAAUCCGAUCUUUCUCUGACCAUCGCGUGAUCAUGCGCUGCGACGUCAACUUCAACGCAUCUUCCUACGGAAGGAACCUAAACACACUUAUCGGACGGGCAGCUCAUAUUGAAUUCUUAGAGUCCGACAUUUUUGCAAAGUUCAUAAUGUGGUCUUUCCCAGAGAUGUUUAGAUAACAAACAAGGGAACUUACAUGGAAUUCGGAUAAUAUCACACUUGAACAGUUGAAUCAAAAAUAUUCAGAGAUGCCAAAUUGAAGGGGGGUUAAACCUACAUGAGUUGGUAUUCUUCUUCAAUUCUCUCUUUCAUUUUGGCAGGGAGAUUGGGGAAUGUGAAGAGCAGAAGACAAAUCAUGGGACCUUGGAAUUUGUAAAUUACUGUUCAAUAGUAGUUAUGUUUUGUUCUUUCAUAAAAAAAAUCAUCUUAGUUAUGGAUAGAUAGGAGUAUAGGCUUUUUUUGUGAGUAGUAUAUCUGGCACAUGAAUCUAGCAUGUACAAAAGAACAGAAGCAUGAGUGUGUACCAUAUCUGUUCCAUGUUUAUUCAUAGAAUAGAAGCUAUUAGCUCUUUAGGCUUAGGAAGUUAGAGGUAAUGGUGUUCAGUGACAGUUGAUAUAUUCAAAGGAUUCUCUAGAGUACUUCCAUCUU